CCGGAACUUCCGGCCGGUCUGAGCGGAAGUAGGUACGUGGCCGCUUCAGCUGACAGUCUGCAUGAUGGCGACAGAGGUUCAGAGCGGCGACCUCGACACUGCUCCUUCCAGCCGGCUCGAGGUCUCCAUCGACGGCCUCACUCUCAGCCCGGACUCGGAGGGCGAGCAGGGCCAGGUGGAGGAGCCGGAGCCCGAACCCGCGGAUCCCGAGCCCGAGACGCCGGGAGCCGCUGGGAGCGAAGAUGGAGAAACUGGCAAAUCCGCGAUAGAGGGGAAAUGGGGCUUUCCUCUCCAAGAGCUCUACGGAAUGGCGCUGAAAUUCUUCAAAGAUAAAGAUGGCAAGGCUUUCCACCCAACCUACGAGGAGAAGCUUCGACUGGUGGCGCUCCACAAACAGGUGUUACUGGGCCCUUAUAAUCCUGACGCUUCGCCGGAGGUCGGCUUCUUUGAUGUCCUAGGCAAUGACCGCAG